AUGAAAGAAUCACGAAAGAGUUGGUGGAACGUUUAUUUGUCGAAGCUUCGCUUCAAGCGAGAAUCUGAGGCACCCCGAGUGCGCGGCUUCACGAUCUCGAGUCCCAGCGUUAGCGAUAAGUUUGAUUCGUUGGGGCCUAUGAGGCCUGUUAUCCCUCAAGACUCUAUCAGUGAAAGUUCUUUUGGUGUGGCAACCGGUCAGAGGGACGAGGACUACAGGGAUUUGUCGUCAUAUUACGAAGAAGGUACCAUAUCACCGACUGGAUCGUUUAUUCUACGCCCAAGUCCAACGAGCGACGAGAUUUCCGAGAACUUCGUAAUGGCUUCCAGUAGACGACACUCUUGCGCCUACACCAUCAGCAGCGAUGAAUGGGUAAUUCCCUCUUCGUCUUCUUCAGGCACCUCCAGGGUCUUGCCGAUGGAUGAUCUUGACGCCAUACAACUGUCCAUUCACUUUGGCACCGUGAUGAGGAUAUUCACGAAGGUUUAUUCCCUGGCUAAAAUUAUGCACGUGGUGUUCAUAGCAUAUGGAGCGGAGCUUGAUAACUCGAUCAACGGCCUCAUGUACUGGACCAAACGAGCCGAAGAAGAGAUUAGAACCGACCAACUUGCCACCCUCAUCGAUAUCGUCGAGCAUCUCUUUUACACCCUUUACGCUAGACUGCAAAUCGAGCUGGCGGCCGUCGAGCUCUGUGCUCUGAUCAGAAGAGGAGAGCGUCCAUUGUCCACUCACUUCAAGUUUGUCCUUCCGAACAAUGACCAUCUCUACCGCAUCUUCGCGGCAUGCAAGGACUUCCUUGACUCUCCCAUGGUUUGUGGAAACCCUCGAGCCGCGAUCAUACCUGCGCUCGUUGUUGAAUUUCAGGAGUGCUUUAUCUACAGCCUCAUUUGUAGCAAUGUUGUGGAAUGCGUUGACGACGAUCUGAUGCGAUAUCGCCGCUAUGCAGGAGCCAUCCUCGCAGAGCAGCCCUCUCCUUACCGCAAGAAAUGGAAUGGUCUCAUUCCAUUUUUUGACUCUAUUCCGGCCAAUCUCAUGGCAAUUCUUUGCGAGAAGUACUUCACUGCCUUUCCUAAGAAAGUGCCGGAGCUGGACAUCCCUCUUUCAGAACUCGGUCUCGUGGAUAUCAAGACGGAAGAUUCGAUCCGGUGGGAAAAAAACAUUAUCCACGACCAUCGCUUGUCUGCCCUCAGCAUGCUGGAAGGCAAAUCCAUUGGCGAAAUGCGCCGCAACGACCCCCAAACGAGCAUCUACUCCCUGUCGAAAGCACACAAGUGCAUCUGCAAUUCUGUCUGUUUCUGCGCCGAGGCCUGCACCAGACACGAUGGCGUUGAGAACUGGUGUCCUUGUGCCGAGCGACACAUUCGUAUCAUGACUGCUCGACGUCACAAGUCGACUGGAGGCGCCAUGUUCAAUAUUCGCGCCAACACGCUCGCGUGGGUCUGUUUCCAGGGGUUGUCAGGCCUGAAGGAAGAUGUUCAAGAGCGCCAGCUGCUGCUUGAGGUGUUUGAAAUGUUCAACAUCUUCGAUAUGGAGAUUCAAAAGCAGCGGUCUGGACUGACGGCGGCACACUGGGGCUAG